GCCCGCGUCGCGUUUCUUGAGACCAACGUUCAUUCAUCAAGACAUUGCACCAUUUUGAUCGUCGACGGCCUGCGCAGGCAUGGCCAGUCUAUCAGAUGACGGUCUAGCAGAAGUCCUAUCAAACAUGCCAGAUUUCUCGGCACCAGCCUUUUCUUCCGCAGGCCAACGCAAGUUUCGGCUCCAACUGCUCCUCGAUAACAAGGAAAAGCAACUACAGCAGGCUGGAACUCUCGGUCAGCGGGUUCUUGCACAGCAGAUAGAGCUCGAAGAGAAGAUAAGACAACUCCAGGAAUUUGAUGCAGAACGUACAGAAGACGAGGAACUAGAUACUGACGCGCGCGAACGCUAUCGCGAACUAGCAGAGACCUAUUGCUGCUUGGGACGCAGAGAACGCCCAGCUAUCUAGUGCUUUUGGCCAAAAACGUCCUCCUACCCAGCAAUCAUCUCCGACCCUACCAAUCAACGAUCUUCCUCGAGAGGAGCCUGAGCGCUCCAAAGCCUCAGCUUCAUCUGCUGCCCAGUCUCGUCGU